AAUAUGUAGAAAUAGAUGAAAAGAAAGGGGCAAAUUGCAAAAACCCAAUCACCCCACCAACGGAAUGUUUAUAUUUUAAUGGUUGGAUUUUUCUGACGAUUAAAAAUCUGAUUUUUCAGAAACAGAGUUGAAAACGAAAGUUUCUUUUUUGCUCGUGUAUGAGAUUUACAACAACCUCUACUUUUUAUUUGUUUCUCGAAAAUUCUGGGAUCAAUAGAAAGGAAAAGAUCUCUGAUGGGUUUUAUGGAUUACGUGAAAUCAAUUGAAUGGGGGAAUGAAUCGUACCCUGCUUAUGAAGAUUACAUUAUUCUACCUUUCUUUGCUCUGUUCUUCCCAACAGUCCGGUUCUUUCUUGAUAGAUUUGUAUUCCAGAAAGUGGCAAGACGAUUAAUUUUUGGAAGGGGUCAUCAGACAUUGGAUGUGGAGACAGAUGAGAGAAAGAAGAAGAUACGAAAAUUCAAGGAGUCUGCUUGGAAAUGCGUAUAUUUUCUUUCAGGAGAGAUUCUAGCUUUGACUGUUACUUACAAUGAGCCUUGGUUUACCAACACAAAGUGCUUUUGGGUAGGGCCAGGAAGUCAAGUCUGGCCAGACCAAAAAAUGAAGUUAAAGUUGAAAGCGUUGUAUAUGUAUGCUGCUGGAUUUUACACAUACUCCAUAUUUGCUCUCAUAUUCUGGGAAACUAGGCGUUCGGACUUUGGAGUGUCAAUGAGUCAUCAUGUUGCAACUGUCAUUCUCAUUGUGCUGUCCUACAUACUCAGGUUUUCCCGUGUUGGUUCAGUUGUUUUAGCUCUUCAUGAUGCUAGUGAUAUAUUUUUGGAGAUAGGAAAGAUGUCCAAAUACAGUGGUGCUGAAGGGAUGGCUAGCUUUGCAUUUAUUCUUUUUGUUUUGUCUUGGAUCAUACUGCGCCUCAUUUACUAUCCAUUCUGGGUCCUUUGGAGUACAAGUUAUGAAGUUGUCCAGACCUUAGACAAGAAAAAGCAUCCAGUGGAUGGUCCAAUCUAUUAUUAUGUGUUUAAUACGCUUCUGUAUUGCUUGCUUGUUCUCCAUAUUUACUGGUGGGUCCUGAUAUAUCGGAUGCUUGUUAAGCAAAUCCAAGCAAGGGGUCAGAUUAGUGAUGACGUUCGAUCUGAUUCUGAAGAUGAACAUGAAGAUUGACCAAAAGCAUUAACUACUGCCUCAACAUAACUGACACGAAGUUGAGGGACCUGUGGUUUUACACAUCUGAUGUAUUUUAUAGCCAAAUUUGGAGGACUGGUCCAAACAAGGAUCCUCUGCAAUUCAAGGGUUUGCUGAUGGACUUAAAAUCAGAUGUUGAAAUGGAAAUGAAAGGCUGCAUUGUGUGAGUAGGUUGAUUAUUCAUAUGCCACCUUACUUCUGAGUUUAUUUGCUCGCCAAUGAUCUGUUGUGAGAAAGCUUAAAUUGAUUUAAAAACUGUGAACUUAGCCCCCAGCCAAUUUUGAGGGCUUUUCAUUACAUUUAAUUUUUCCUUGUUCCCUAAGGAUAGGAGUUUAGUUCUAGUUAAGGUACUUUUACAUUAUUGUAUGCCCAUGUGAUUUUUUGAGUUUGAUCAAUGAUUUUUUUUUUUUGAAUAAAC